AUGCAAGCGCACCUCCCCUUCCUCACCGCCGCACUGCUGGUGCUGCUGGUCACCACCGUCACCUGCGCCGCCCCACGCACGGCCUGGCAGACUGGGUUCUCCUCUGGCAUAUCUCCCGUGGCGGCCGAGGCCUCGGCCCCGCCCGCACUCUUGGUCAACCCCGGAGUCACAUCGCCGGUGGUGGCCGUGGUUCUCCAGGACUCGGCGCUGGACGGCGCGUGGUACCUGACCGGGCGCCGGCUGGCGGACGGCACCGAGGCGUGGCGCGUGAGCGGGCCGGCGGUGAAGGCGCGUGACCACAGCGUGGUGGUCCCCGCACUGAUCGACGCCAAGGCCAUGAGCGGAGGAAUUAAGGUGGCCGCUGACUACUACGCCAACCACUCCGCCACCACGGAGGUCUUCAAGGGCUUCGCUAUCUUUAACUCCCAGACCGGAUUUGCUCAGGGCGUGCUGAGCUUGAGCCCGUACACGUCUCGCACGGUGUCGCUCAAGUCGGGCGAACACCUCUACGCCGUCGCAGUCGACCCGACCACCCUCCGCUCCGGCUCGCCCCAGCUCGCGCUCACCCGCUACACGCAGCCCGACUUCACCCGGCCCCGGGCACGCUUCAGCUGGGGCUCGGCCGCUGGCGUGGCCACCAACGCCGCCAACCAGCCGCCGCUCGAGCCCUGGGCGCCCGACCUGCUCGUGGGCCGCACCACACUGGUCCAGAAGCUGGUCGACGCCAGCGGCCGCGCCUGGGUGCGCCGCGUGGACCCGCUCGACCUGACCGACGUGUGGCGCGUGCCGCUGCAGUCCAUCGCCGACGACGUGUGGGUGUCCGAGGCCGAGGACCUGGUCGUGGUGACGCACGCCAUCACACGCUUGCCGCAUGGCCUCAACAUGCAGGCGCUGUCGAUGACCGACGGUCGCGGCGUGUGGGCCUGGCGCACGAUGACCGACUUGGCGCCCACAACCUGGAACAUGACGGCCUCCGUCACCGCCCCGGGAGACGGCGGCGGCCACCGUCAGUUCUGCGGGGUGCAGAGGUACUGGAUCAACUUCAGUACAUACUUCGAAUGGCUGGCGUGCGUGGACCCGGCCAAGGGGCUCGACAGCAACGCGACGACGGUGGUGAUGCUGACCCAGUUCGACCAGUCGCUGCGCACGGUGCGCGGCGCGACGGCCGACGCGAUCCUGGUGGACGACUGGAUCGGCCGGCGGGUCUGCGCGAUGAGCCCUUUCGGCGCCAGCCCGACCGACUGCGUGUGGGCGGUGCCCGUCAACCAGGUGGAGAGCGACAUCGAGUACCUGGCGGUCAGCCCCGACGACAGCUUCAUCGUCGCCGUGCGCCAGGCCUCGCUGGCCCGCUGGGACCUCACCACAGCUGCCCUCCAGUGA